GCCCGGCCCGGCCCGCGGCGUGACGUCAGCGAGACAAGAUGGCGGCGCGGAUUUGAAGGGGUCACGUGAGCGACCGCUUUGUCAGACAGUAAAAAAAAGAGAAGCUGCAGAUUUUCUAUUUUGUACAUACAUUGUUUUGUAUAUACUGUAUAUGAUGACUUCGGUGGGCAGUGACCGAUCUCGGGGAACUCGAGACAAGACACAGAUUCAAACGCACACACAGUUACAGAAGCCAGUUCAGGCCACAGCUGAACAGAUCCGUCUAGCCCAAAUGAUUUAUGAUAAGAAUGAUACAGAUUUUGAAGACAAGGUCAAACAACUGAUGGAAGUUACAGGAAAGAACCAGGAUGAAAGCAUAGUGGCACUUCACGACUGCAAUGGUGAUGUGAACAGAGCCAUCAAUGUACUUCUAGAAGGAAACUCAGACACGACCUCCUGGGAGACUGUGGGCAAGAAGAAAAAUCUUGGAACAGGGAAAGACAGCCUCUUGGAAAAUAAGGAAAAUCGAGAGAAGCGUGGUGAUCGAGAAGCAAGCCGAGGUCGAGGCAGCUCCUCUAGGCGAGGGAAAGGGAAUCGUGGCAAGGAAUUCCGGGCUGAGGAAAAUGGAGUGGAUGUUGGUCCAGGUGAUCGACUUUUGGAACGAGGGAGACGUGGACGAGGCAGAGGCCUUGGUGGGCGGAGCCGAGGAAGAGGAGGAGGAAGAUUUUCAGCACAAGGCAUGGGAACCUUCAACCCAGCAGACUACACAGAUUCUACAACAAAUGAUGGUUAUGGGACAAAGUCUGAAAUGUGGGAGUCUGGUCAAAAUGACUGUGAUGGAACUGGUAGGAAAAUAUUAACUGAAAAAAUUUAUGCUUCUCAAAAUUUGCAACAUUUCACCCCAGUCAUUUCUAUUAAUUUUAUAUCUUUGUGUGCUUAUUUGUGUUUUCUAGGUGCCUGGAAGAAUUCAAUGGAAGAUUGGGUAGCUGAAGACUGGAGUGAAGAUCUGACGGAAACCAAGGUCUUCACUGCCUCCACUAUUGGAGGAAUGGACAACCGUAUCACUGCAGGGCAAAGCAUUGAUCUAGCAACAUUGCUUCAAAAACCCUCAUCAACUGGUACUGUAACAGAAACCAACUCGUAUGAAGCACCUCAGCAGGCCAACCUCACUCAGUCACUGGUGUUCACUAAUUCCCGACAUGAUGAUCCAAUUCCAUCGGUGGAAGGAAACUCCAAUGCUGUGAAUUCCUACUCUCAAAGUCUGUCGUCUGUACUUGGUUCUGGGUUUGGAGAACUUGGAACUACAAAGAUGGCCAACUCUUCAGGGUCCCAAUUACUGGAGCAGUUGAAGUCCUCUGGUUUGGUGCCGCUUGCUGCCCAGAACAAUCAACAAAGUAACACUCCUGCCUGGGAAACUAAGUCAACUUUACAGUCAACUGUUCUAAGCCAGUUUGACUUCAAGACACAGCCUGAACCAUCGCCUGUGCUGAGCCAACUGACCCAGAGACAGCAGCAGGCCUCUGUGCAGCCAGUGUUGGAUUCCUUCUCCUCCCAAAUCAAACUGCAAGACCCUUCUCCUGUUGAGAGCACUGUUACUAAAAUGAUUCAGCAGCCACCGGUCUCUGCAGACAAUCAGAUGGCCAAUGUCCAACAAUCACAGCAAAAACAAGUGAAACCCCAAAAACGGAAGAUACCUCCAUCUUCUAAAAUCCCUGCAUCUGCUGUUGAAAUGCCCGGAUCAGCGGAUGUCUCGGGAUUGAAUGUCCAAUUUGGAGCCUUGGAAUUUGGCUCUGAGCCUUCGCUGCCUGACUUUGGAACCGGAGGCAAAGAGACGAUCAGCCAGACGCAAAACCAUUUGUUCUCAAACUCUGUGAGUGACUCUUUGUCGCAGUCUUUAUCAAUAUCCAAUACAGUUCAAGAAUCGACGCAUUCUUCCUCUGUGAUCAGCUCCUCCAGUUUGACAACUGCUCAGAGCACUGCUGUGACCCCAACAUAUGAUCAGAAUUCAGUGCAUAGAAUACCUUACCAGAACUCCUUGGUUACAUCGCCUCAGAAGGAACCACCUUUACAGGUGACUGUGAAAAAUGGCUACAAUGGGCACAACAGGACACAACAGACUUUUGAAACUUCUACAUGUCCACCAAUAAAAUCUGAGUCGCCACCUUUACCAAACGUGGCCUCAUUGUCCAGUAGUGUGUCUGCUGCUUCCUCACUUCUGCCUUCAGUGUCCCAGCACUCUGCUGGCUUGUCCAGCUUGAAUCAGACCAAUGAAUUGUCCAGCAGCGCUCUCUCACAACUCAGCAGUUCCUUGUCCAAUCAUCAAAGCAGCAGCCUGUCCUCUGCCUCCUCCCUAACCUCAAGCACUUCACAUGCACACACAAGCGUCGACAGCAGUUUGCAGACUUCUCCAACCUUCUCGACCGCUUCGACAUCUACUCCAGCGACCACAUUGUCAGUUAAUGUCUCCAACAGUCUACAUACUGCAAACAGCCUCGGGCUGAGUGUGGCCAGUGUGUCUGUGCCAACUGCUACCACAAGGGCAACACCUCUUGUGUCUUCAGGAAAGGCUCCACCAAAUCUUCCUCAAGGUGUCCCCCCACUCUUACAUAAUCAGUACAUUGUUGGACCAGGAGGACUGCUGCCUGCAUACCCAAUCUACGGAUAUGAUGACCUCCAGAUGCUUCAGUCCAGACUUCCUAUGGAUUAUUAUGGAAUGGCAUUUCCUGCUCCAGCUGCAACACUCGCAGGCAGAGAUGGGAGUCUGGCAAACAACCCCUACUCAGGUGAUCUAACAAAGUUUGGGCGGGGUGACACUGCCUCACCUGCUCCAGCUACAACCUUAGCCCAGCCUCAACAAAACCAGACCCAGGCUCAUCACACCACACAACAGGCCUUCUUGAACCCAGCUUUGCCACCAGGCUACAGUUACACAGGAUUACCAUACUACACUGGUGUGCCUGGAGUGCCCAGCACAUUCCAGUAUGGACCUGCCAUGUUCGUUUUACCUAACUUUAAUUCCCUUCUACAGGUGCCUCCAGCAUCUGCCAAGCAGCAUGGUGUGAACAUGAACACAGCUUCAACCCCCUUUCAGCAGGCCGGUGGCUAUGGACAACAUGGCUACGGUACAGGUUAUGAUGAUUUAAACCAAGGAGGUGGAGCUGGUGAUUACAGCAAAGGUGGCUAUAGUGGGUCUACUCAAGCACAAACCAAAUCAGCUGGGCCAGGGAAAGGUGUCUCGGUCACCUCCACAAACGCUGGUGUACCUGAUAUCACUGGCUCAGUCUACAACAAGGCUCAGUCCUUUGACAAGCAGGGAUUUCAUGCUGGGACACCGGCUGCGUUUAACCUGCCUUCGGCAUUGGCCGGCACAGGCCCUCUGAACCCCGCUGCUGCCCCAGGCUACGCCCCAGCACCUUUCUUACACAUUGUGCCAGCUCACCAGCAACCUCACUCUCAGCUGCUGCAUCAUCACCUGCAGCAGGAUGGACAGGGCGGUUCUGGACAGCGUAAUCAGCAGAGCAGCAUACAGCAGAAGUCUCAGGCUAACAAACCCAACUAUGGCAGCUCUCCUUACUGGGGGAAUUAAACAAUUUUGGGACCCACUGUUAGUAACAAGAAGAAAAAAGGAUAACCGUGGUCAGCCAAAUGUCUGUGUGGGGGGAAAAAAUUAACACAUCUUAAAUGUGACAGUGGCCCGCUUUUGAUUUGCUGUCGUAUGUAAUAUAUUUAUGUAUGUAUUUGUAUAUGUAAUGGUAGAGCCUAGAUGUGGUUUCUGCAUUUGAAGCCUAUUUCUUUGUAGGGGAAGAUUAAUAAACUCUCCAUCAGCAACAA